AUGUUGAAAUUCAAAGUGGUCCAUUAUUAUAUUAUCCCAUUAAUUUGUUUAAUCGUAUGGUGGGGUAUGUUGAUUGCGAUGCUUUCUGCAUGGUCUUUACAAGGUAAACCUCAAUAUAAAUGGAUUACUAUAUAUCAGAAUCCAAUUUACAUAUCUGAUAUUGGUGCAACUAAUUUACAACCCUUAUUUAUAUCAUGUGUUGGAUUCCAAGCUAUUUUCUUUAUUGGUACCUUAGUUAUGGAAUAUUUCUUGAGACGUCAUAAGAAGUUGCAACCAUAUGUAAGUACUAAACAGCCUAUUUUUGCUAUAUUCAGUAUAGUCUUCAGUAUAAUAUCUCAAUUAGGUAUAUUGUUUGUUUCAAUCUUCAAAACCACAGCUUAUCACUCAGUUCACUUAUCAAUGGUUGCAGUAUUUAUUAUUUUUGCAUUCUUGACUUGUUUAUGUAAUUUCUUCAAUUCCUUUAUUUUUGGUAAUUACCCUCAAAGAUUAAGUCCAAACCAUGAAAAAGUCAUAUUUGGUAAACACAAGUGGGCCAAUUUGUACAUGGUUUCGUUCUUUUUGAAAUUAGCAUGGUUAGUUGGUGCUGUUGUAUUUGCUGUAUUAUUUGGAUGGUUCAUGAAAGAUGGAAAAGAUAGUACUUCUUCUAUCUUCGAAUGGACCAUCUCAUUCUGGUAUGGAUUGUUAUUGAUAUUUUGGGCAAUUGAUUUAUUCCCUUCAGCUGUUAAACAUUAUCAAGUUAGACAUCCAGAUGAAUUCCCCGAAAAGAACCUAGCUAACGUUCAUUUGGAUCCAACAAACGAAGAAGAUUUGGCUAAAUUAGAACAAAUCAGUCCAUAUAGAAGUCCUACUACUUUACAUGAUAACGUAUAA